AUGUGCUUGAUUGAUGUUGCUCUCCGGCUGCCCGUGUGUCAGCAAGCAGGCCCUGUUUUGUUCGACCCUCCGCUCGCUAUGUCACCAGAGGUGGUUCAAGCUCCACGGAAGAGGCAAAGCAAAGCAAAACGAGCUUCCGCGGCGCACCCGAGCAACAAAGCUGAGCCAAAGAAGGAGGGAUCUCUGCGCGUCCUCGGUCUUGGUGGCCUCCUGUGCACCGUGUCAGUGGACCUGCUGGCACCGGUUGCCGAGGCACAGAAGGUGAUUGCCAAGUCUGCUGGAAUUCCUGUGCGCGAGCAGCAACUUGUUUGUCGCGACCGUCAUCUUUCCGCCAAUGAGAUCUUGAGUGAUGCCCUUGGGGAGGAGGACGAGGUGACGCUCCUUAGGUGUGAUGCGAAGGCCAUGGCGAUCAAGUCGGCGAUGCGCACAGGAUCCCUGGCGCUUGAACGGGCGAGGCGCUUGAUGAUGCAGCGUGCUGACGGACCUGUUAGCAAUGCUUGA